AUGCCUCCAUUUUGGCCGAACGGGGACUCCCCUGACUUUCCAGCGGCGGCCGUCGCCGGAAUCUAUGCCCGAGAUGCGAGAAACAAGGACACCACUGGAACCUUAGCUUCCAUCGGCACUAAUACCCACAACCUCUUCCGACGAACCGACUCCGAUGAUUCUACCAAGCCAAAAUAUGGCCAGGGCACGAUCGACCCGCACAGCAUCAAGAUGCAAGGCCUGAUGGCCCUAUUUGCCAUCAUUGGACUGGCGUUUGCCGUAGGGGGAAUCUGGUUCUUCUUCUGGGCCAAGAAUGGCGGGUUCGUCUGGCGCAAGGGCGACUGGGAUGACUACAAGUCCACUGUUCUGCGACGAAAAGGACCUGACGGAAAGACUCUCAGUAACGCUACAGCCAGUACCGACCUCGGCGGCGGAAGUGUCGUUGGCAAGGGAUACAACGACGACGGAUACACGUACACAGAAGGAUCAUAUACCGACACAGCGACGACUAUUACAGAGAAGUCACGAGGCAAGAGGUUCAGAGAAUCCGCCAAAGAGAAGCUCCUCCGACGCAACAGGCAUGAACAGUGGGAAGGCGCAGAUGAUGCCGACGUGCGUGCCUACCGAGAAGAGAAGCCCGCUCGCAUUGGCGGCAUGAACCGGGAAGCCGAUGGAACCUACAACGGCAGCGACUACGACACCUCCGCCCCGCCUACCUCCUACCAGCAGAGUGAAAUGAGCCAAUCUCACGAUUUCGCCUACGAGCAGCCACGCCAUACCCGUCGCGAUCCCUCCGGCUUCUCUUUCACCCAAGGCAGCGAGGAUGUUAUCAGUCAAGUAACCGAAGAGCCUCGUGUCCGCGACCCGUCUACCCGCCGUCACAACCGCCGUCGUGAGCGUCGCAGCGAGGUUGCCCCAUCUGGUCCACCUCCUGCGCCUUCAUCUCGUACUAGCAGCCCCCGCAAGCACCGCGAACGCCGCUCCGUGGCCCAGGGCCAUUUCACAGAGCCCCUGGAUUUCUCGUCUGCGGGCUCCCGCUCCGAGUACCAAUAUUCCAACGUUGACACCGAGGAUUCCGGUACCAAGAGCUACAAGCAUCCAAUUCCGGGCUUGACGAAGGGUUACCGCCGUGAUGGACGGAGCCGUCGUCGCGAUAGUCUGAGUGAUAGUGAGGGCGAGACACAAUACUCGUGA